GCACAUGAGGAGGGGAGGGGGUCUGGAGUCAGUGAAUGCAGUUUGUACUGCUGUGCUUUGGAAUUACUGCUAUGAACAUUGUGAGGGACUUGAAACAGAAGCCGAAGCAAAGAAGGAAAUAUCCGAGGGUGGAAAAGAAAGCUUGCAUAGCCUCUUGAUACUCGACGGUCAAGAUCGUGUGAGCGCGCGAGGAGGAAACGCAGGAGGAGAAGAGGAGGCGCACUGGAGGGACUUUACCCCAUCUUCUCAUCUUCAGUUCCUGAGGUUAGCCUCUGGUCCCCCAUCACUGGGGUCAUCAUUGGAACUGCGUCUCAUGACAGUGCACGGUGCUCCAAACAGGCUCCGUUCAGAAUGGCUCCACAGAGCGGGGAUUGUGUUAACCUGAGGAGGACCAUUCUCACACAAGGGUCUUAAGCGACUCAAGGAUACGAGACUGAGCAGAUGAGGAAAUUUCCUCUGCAGUGACAGAUGUGACGACCCUCCUCUCCCCAGUGUCAGCUGCGGCUCUGUUUGCUUCCCCGGACCUCGGAGCAGCCAUAACUCGACACGCCUCCAUCCUAGAGGGGCCAUUCUGAAAAGAGAGGGAGGCGUCUGAUGUGCCAAAACUUCUUCUUGAACUCCUGAGAGGAGCCGUGGGAUUUGAACGGAUAGCAGGAUUGAUGAGAGAUUGUGAGCCGCUCUCCACAUCUCCACCUGGGCUCCUUAAUUAGUUCCUCAUCUCAGACUCUUGAACUCAGCUUAUGCUGGAUGACUUUCUGGUAUUAGGCAAAAAAAUCUCAUAUCGUUCACCAUAUAUUUCAAUCAGUUUUUAAACCAAGUCUCUCUCCGCGUUAAAUGUGGCAGGUGUUCUGGGCCCGAGGAAGGAUUUACAGAGAACCAAGAGCAAUAACAUGUAAGAUAGAGCGGGGUGGUGCUGAAGAGAAGUACUGACUUAUUUGGGCAUUUAUGUGCGUGUAUGAGAGACUCAAAAGGCUUGUGCAGCAAUGGGUGAGACCUUGUGCCGAGGGUUGACGGGAAGAGGCAGCUAGACAUUGAUGGACGGAUAUGUGCACGUGUGGAAGAGUGUAUUUGGGUGUGAAUGCGUGUGAGAGUUUGUUUGUGUGAUUGCCUCUUAAAUCUGGCUAUUAUUGUGGUUCUCUCCUAUGUUUGUGUUGGAGCCGGCAGGGUCAACAUUAGAAGAGAGAGAGGCAGGACGAGAGCAACAGAAAAAAUAUUUGAAUGACACUUCUGCUUUUUGUCACUGUAUUUUUGGCAUUGUGUCCCGGUGUACUUUUCUCUCUGAGAGCUUAAGCUUUGUAAAACACAAGUAUACUUUUGACCCAUCAAUAUGGAUUAUUAUAAGAAUCACAGCUUGUGAAGGGCUCUCAGAUGCAUCAUCGCUGUCCAGAAUUCCUUCUCCGCUGAGACUCUCCACACCACUCCAUUUCUGUGACGUUCAACGUGUCAUUCUGGGAGACGUCUACAAAUCCCCAGGGAACUGCAUUCACCGGUUACCACUGCGAUCCAUGGCACCCCGUUCCUGACAAGGUCUGCUUAAUUCGGCGGUGCUAUAGGCAGCAGAAGGCAUCUCCAUGAGGAGCGGUAGAAGAUGCCGGAACUGCCAGCGCUCCUGCUGUCGAUUUACUUCCGCUUCCUGUUAGUUACCGUGGUUACCAUGCCGCUGUCUUCCCUAAGUCAGACCUCUGUUCUGUCAUCUGUACGGAUGGCGGCGAUUCUGGAUGACAGCUCUGUCUGUGGACGUGGGGAGCGUUUAGCGUUGGCAUUGGCACGUGAGAACAUUAACAGCAUGAUGGAGGGCUCAGCUCGUGCUCGCGUGGAGGUCGACAUCUUUGAUCUCCAGAAAGACUCUCAGUAUGAAACUACAGAUACCAUGUGCCAGAUUCUGCCGAAGGGUGUGGUCUCUGUGAUUGGCCCCGCCUCCAGUCCCGCCUCUGGUUCCAUAGUUAGUCACAUUUGUGGGGAAAAGGAGAUCCCGCAUGUUAAAAUUGGUCCAGAGGAAACUCCACGACUUCCUUACCUGCGCUUUGCAUCUGUGACUCUGUAUCCUAGCAACGAGGAUCUGAGCCUUGCCAUCGGAUCCAUCCUACGCUCGUUCAACUACCCAUCGGCUAGUCUGGUCUGUGCUAAGGCUGAAUGUUUGCUGAGACUCGAGGAGCUGAUAAGGCGUUUUCUGAUCUCUCGCGAGACGCUGUCAAUCAGGAUGCUGGACGAUAACCUUGACCCCACGCCUCUGCUUAAGGAGAUUCGUGACGACAAAAUAGCUACAAUUAUUAUCGAUGCUAACGCGUCUAUAUCGUACCUUAUACUGAAAAAGGCAUCGGAGUUGGGAAUGACAUCAGCAUUUUACAAGUACAUUCUCACCACUAUGGACUUUCCCUUACUAUGGUUAGAUGAUAUAGUAGAUGAUCAGUCAAACAUUGUGGGCUUCUCCAUGUUCAACACCUCCCACCCAUUUUACCUGGAGUUUAUCAGGAGCCUUAACUUGUCCUGGAGAGAGGGCUGUGAUAUCAACCCUUAUCCAGGACCUGCGCUAUCGGCGGCCCUGCUGUUUGAUGCCGUGCAUGUGGUGGUGAGCGCAGUGCAAGAAUUGAACCGCAGUCAGGAGAUUGGCGUCAAACCUCUGAGCUGCACGUCUCCUCAGAUCUGGCAGCACGGAACCAGCCUCAUGAACUAUCUGCGGAUGGUGGAGUAUGAUGGAUUGACAGGUCGGGUUGAGUUCAACAGCAAAGGCCAGAGGACCAAUUACACCCUCCACAUCUUGGAGAAGCACAGAAGAGGCCACAAAGAGAUUGGGAUCUGGUACUCCAAUAAUACUCUACUAAUGAACUCCACCAGUCUGGAUAUCAACGUCUCAGAGACUUUGGCUAACAAGAGCCUCAUCGUCACCACAAUACUGGAAAACCCAUAUGUGAUGAGAAAAGUAAAUUACCAGGAGUUUGAGGGGAACAAUCAGUAUGAAGGUUUUUGUGUAGACAUGUUAAGAGAGCUGUCUGAUAUCCUUAAAUUCACCUACCGCAUCAAACUGGUGGAUGAUGGUCUGUACGGAGCACCUGAACCCAACGGCUCGUGGACGGGGAUGGUGGGCGAGCUGAUCAACAGGAAAGCUGAUUUGGCAGUUGCUUCUUUUACCAUCACAUCGGAGAGAGAGAAAGUCAUUGACUUCUCAAAACCCUUUAUGACCUUGGGCAUCAGUAUUCUCUACAGGGUUAAUAUAAGCAGGAAGCCAGGUUAUUUCUCCUUCCUGGAUCCCUUCUCACCGGCUGUUUGGCUCUUCAUGCUGCUGGUUUACCUUGCUGUCAGCUGUGUGCUUUUUCUUUCUGCGAGAUUGAGUCCGUAUGAAUGGUACAAUCCUCACCCAUGCCUACGUGAGCGCAGAGACCUGCUGGAGAAUCAGUAUACACUGGGAAACAGCCUGUGGUUUCCUGUUGGGGGUUUUAUGCAGCAGGGAUCAGAGAUCAUGCCCCGAGCUCUCUCCACACGCUGCGUCAGCGGAGUCUGGUGGGCUUUUACUCUUAUAAUCAUCUCCUCAUACACAGCAAAUCUUGCUGCUUUUUUGACCGUGCAGAGAAUGGAGGUACCCAUCGAUUCACCUGAUGACCUGGCCGAUCAAACCAAUAUUCAGUAUGGCACCAUUCAUGGUGGAAGCACUAUGACAUUUUUUAUGAACUCUCGAUAUCAAACGUAUCAGCGGAUGUGGAACUACAUGUACUCUAAGCAGCCCAGUGUGUUUGUCAAGAGCACAGAGGAAGGCAUUGCUCGAGUCCUAAACUCCAAAUAUGCUUUCCUCCUCGAGAGCACCAUGAAUGAGUAUCAUCGCAGCCUCAACUGCAACCUCACCCAGAUCGGAGGCCUGCUGGACACCAAGGGUUACGGCAUCGGCAUGCCUCUGGGUUCUCCUUUCAGAGAUGAGAUCAGCCUGGCCGUGUUACAGCUGCAGGAAAAUAACAGGUUGGAGAUCCUGAAGAGAAGGUGGUGGGAGGGAGGGCAGUGUCCCAAAGAAGAGGACCACCGUGCCAAAGGUCUUGGGAUGGAGAACAUCGGCGGUAUAUUUGUGGUGUUGAUCUGUGGGCUGAUUAUUGCCGUGUUUGUGGCUGUGAUGGAGUUUGUGUGGUCCACACGCCGAUCAGCUGAAACAGACGAGGUACGGCCUCUCUCCUGCGAUCGCCAAUAUCACAGUCACACUACAGUGUCCGUGUGCCAGGAGAUGUUGACGGAAUUUCGAAACGCUGUCUCUUGCAAGAAAAGUUCCCGUCUGCGCCGCCGUCGUCCGCUCUCCAGCUCUUUGGCCCUUCGUCAUCCCACUCGCAUCACGUUAGGGGCACCCCGGCCUCUGCGCCUUGUCAGAGAGAUGCGCCUCAGCAACGGAAAGCUCUACAGCGGCACCGGACCCCUAACAGGAAGUUCAGGGGCCGGACUCUCAGACAUGGGCCCCGGCCCUCAACGGCUCCUGGAGGACCCAUUGGGUGCCAACAGCACCCCUACAGUGGCGCUAGGUCCGCCCGCAGUGACAGUGCCUCUGCCACGAGGCUGUACUCACGUGCGCAUCUGCCAGGAAUGCAGGCGCAUCCAGAGCCUCCGCACAACCUCCUGCACACGCAUCCCGCCCUCCUCAGCCCCCUUGCCACGCCUGGCCCCGCCCCCUCCACACUCAUCAUCCAAUACAGACAGCGAAGGAGGAGGCGGGCCCAGCCCGUGCCGGAUAGGCCACUCGCCACCGGCGAAAGGCUGCACUUUACCGCCACCUCAGUCUAGCAUCAACACAGACCUACCAGGAGAACAAAAAUGAGAGAGCUAGAGGGAGAGAGAGAAUGGCCAAAAGUGGGAUCAUUUGAUGCCCUUGUUUAUAAUCAUAAAAUAGGCUUGGAAUAUUCUCAUUUUCUUUUCAACUCCAGCCAUUGGCGUCAUAUCAAUAAAGAUGUUUUUGUACUUCUGAAGUAUGUAUUAUAACACUCUGGACUGUCUGGAAUAAAUUUGUAAAAUGCAAUGGUAAAGAUCCGUGUGAGAUAUAGGCAUCUGGAUUUGGUGAUGGUUGCUGACUUCCUCGGCAGACAGAACAGAGAUUUUCUCUCCCUUUGGCCGAACUCUGUUGUGAUCAGAGCCCAACGAUGGCACAGACUCUCCAUCCCUCUCAGACUCUGAACUCUCUCUCUCUCUCUCUCUCUCUCUCUCUCUCUCUGGUAGGAGGGAGGUCACACAUUGGAAGUAGCACAGAGACUCUCUUUUGGAUGUCAUUGUCUUAAUGAUGCCAUUAAGAUCCGAGCCAGACAGCAGCAGAACGAGAGCACACUCUUUUAAUGGUGGACAAUGUAAAAGUUGUUAAUUAAAAGAUAUUCUAAACAGAUAUUCUUACUUUUCUGUACUAUACUUAUUUUUAAAUUUGCCGUCUGUGUAAUUUAAUUCUGGGGUUGUGAUGUCUGGAUUGGAAAUUAUAAAUAGAGAUACUUUAUUGAUACCGAGGAGAUCAACUCUGAAUAUGACCGAAUAUGUAUGUUAACAGAAUUAAGGAGCUGUGUGUUCAUUAAAAUGUGGACUUUGAUCUAGAUCAAACUGGUACUUUAAAUACUAUAACAAGAGUGUUCUGUACAUCACACACCAUAAACCAAAUGUUCACAUGUAAACGAUUGCAUUUACCAGAGAGCAGAAAACAAUUCAAUGGACACGAUGACACACACAAACAAAAAGCUAAAUUAAAAUGAAUUUCGUUUAUAUUUAUAAUUUUUUCUUGGCUUUGUUCCUUGAUGUCUACAUGAGGAGCUUGUCUGUAAUAUAAUCCUUUUCUUUUUAAAGGUGUCCAUACUCAUUUGAAUUAUCUUUUUUUUUUUAUAGAACAGAUGUAUAGUAUUGAAGCAAUUAUAACAGGGUUAUU